UCUUAUAUUUCCAUCCUCCUCCACAACAACUCUCCUCUCAUCUCUCUCUUUCUCUUUCUCUUUCUAUCUUUCUAAUUUCUCUCAAGCUUUUGUGUUUCCAAAAUGGGGGCACUUGACCAUCUUUUAGACAUGUUUGAAAUCACUCCUAAAAGGAAGAAGCGAAAGCCGAUGCAGACAGUUGAAAUCAAGGUGAAAAUGGACUGUGAUGGCUGCGAAAGGAGAGUUAAAAAUGCUGUUUCAUCCAUUAAAGGAGCGAAAAGCAUAGAUGUGAACAGGAAGCAAAGUCGGGUAACAGUGACGGGUUAUGUGGAGCCAAACAAGGUGUUAAAGAAAGUGAAGAGCACCGGCAAGAGAGCCGAGUUUUGGCCCUACGUGCCUUACAAUUUGGUGGCGUAUCCUUAUGUGGCUCAGGCGUACGACAAGAAGGCGCCGUCAGGCUAUGUUAAAAAUGUUGUUCAAGCUCUUCCGAGCCCGAAUGCAACCGACGAGCGGCUGACCAAUCUCUUCAGCGAUGAGAAUCCACAUGCAUGUGCGAUUAUGUAAGGAGGAGGAAGAAGAAGAAAUGAAGAAAUGUGAAUCAUGAUCAAUUUUCUCUUAGAGUAGUUUAGAAUUUAGAUCGAUCUUAGUUGCUUGAUGUUUAUUAGGACGUGUUUGGCUUUAAUUUAGUUAUGCUUUGUAUCAAUUAAUGUAGGUUUUGUCUUUUGUUUGUGAAAUAUUUAGCUUUUUAUAGUUAUGUUAUUAUUCGAAAAUUAUGUAUAUUAUAAAGAGUCUUCAACGCUUUAAACUAUGUAUUAUAGUUGAAUUAAUGAUAUGCA